UCAAGAAAAGAAGUGCAAGCAGACAGCAUGGCAUCUGUUUGUUACUCAGAAGAUUUGACUUGUUCAGUUUGUCAGACGAUCUUUACUGAUCCGGUGAUUCUUCUCUGUGGACAUUCUUUCUGCAGGGAAUGUAUUACAGAGUCACUGAAGACACAGGACUUUUGUCCUCUGUGUCACACGGCAGUUUCACUGGAACAGAAAUGUCUUCUACCCAGUUAUGUUUUGAAAAGCCUUGCUGAAAAGGCUAAAGAAGAUGAGAAAAGAAAAAGAGAACAUGGAAAUUACAGAGAGGAUUCUGAGUGGCUGUGCCAUGAACAUGAUGAAAAGCUGAAGUUGUUCUGCGUCACAGAGCAGAAGUUAACUUGUGUCAUAUGUCGAGAUGGAGAGAAGCAUGAAGGACACACGUUUAAUCCAAUCAAAGAAGCAUCUGCAUCUGUGAGGCAGGAGCUGGAGAACUUAAUGCAACAUGUUUCUGAUGACAUGUCUACUGUAGAGAACCUCGCCGACUCACAGAGAGAAGAAAUAACAAAAAGUGAAGAGAAGUCAAACCAGCUGAGGAACCAAAUCAGCACCCAGUUUGAGGAGAUGCACCAGUUUCUGAGAAAGAGAGAAAAAGAGAUCAAAACUGACCUCAAACAGAAAGAGGAUGAUGAUGUUCAGAAGAUGACUGAGAGGUUAAAUGAUAUACAAACAGUUCUGUCUGAAGAUGAGGUGCUGAAGAGGAAGGUGACAUCAGUUCUUGAGAUCAAAGAAACAGAGAGGUUUCUAAAAACCUGCACUGAUGAGAAAAUGAUAACGAGAGAACAUUUGUUCAAACCCAGAUCAACAGAUCUCAACGUUGUGAGUUCAGCUCUCAAUCUGGGGCCUUUUGAAAGUCACCUACAGUUCUUUGUUUGGAAGGAGAUGCUUCAGAUUAUCAAACCUCGAGAAGAAAAACUAUCACUCACAUGUGAGAUUAAAAAUUUGAAUGUGUCUGAUGAUGGGAGAAGUUUGUUUCCAUCAGCUAGCAUACUUCCUAAACAUUUGUUCAGUCAGAAACAAGGUUCUGGCUCCUUUACUUUUGGUUCCAUACAUGCACAAUCCAAGCGACCUGUUAUUGGUCGCAACUCUGGAUUGGGCCAAACCAUGACUUCCUCUGUUGUUGCCUCUGAAAAAGAUUCUCAUCAAACCACACUCUCCUCUCUUUUUGGUUCCACAUCAAGUGAAACCAAGUCCCGUCCUGUUUCUGGUUUUUCCUUUAUAACAACCCCGACCAUGUCCAGCUCUGUUUCUGGUUCCACAUCAAGUGAAACCAAGUCCCGUCCUGUUUCUGGUUUUUCUUUUGGAACAGCCUCGACCACAUCCAGCUCUGUUUCUGGCUCCACAUCAUGUGAAACCAAGUCCCGUCCUGUUUCUGGUUUUUCCUUUAUAACAACCCCGACCAUGUCCAGCUCUGUUUCUGGUUCCACAUCAAGUGAAACCAAGUCCCAUCCUGUUUCUGUUUUUUCUUUUGGAACAACCCCGACCAUGUCCAGCUCUGUUUCUGGUUCCACAUCAAGUGAAACCAAGUCCCGUCCUGUUUCUGGUUUUUCUUUUGGAACAGCCUCGACCACAUCCAGCUCUGUUUCUGGCUCCACAUCAUGUGAAACCAAGUCCCGUCCUGUUUCUGGUUUUUCCUUUAUAACAACCCCGACCAUGUCCAGCUCUGUUUCUGGUUCCACAUCAAGUGAAACCAAGUCCCAUCCUGUUUCUGGUUUUUCUUUUGGAACAGCCUCAACCACAUCCAGCUCUGUUUCUGGUUCCACAUCAAGUGAAACCAAGUCCCAUCCUGUUUCUGGUUUUUCUUUUGGAACAACCCCGACCACGUCCAGCUCUGUUUCUGGUUCUAGCAGAUCAAAUGAAGACAAGGCCCCUUUUGUUUUGUUGUCCUAGCACAAAGAUGGCUGUUCUUUUGUAUGCACUGCAUUCAGUGAGUUCUGUUAUCAUUCUCUCACUUCAGGACAGCAUUACUGGGAAAUAGAGGUUGGGGAAAGGCAUUUUUGGAAACUAGGAAUAAUAAACUAAUGUGUGAAAUAUGAUGGCCAAAAAUAUGUAGUCUGCAAUAAAAAUGUAAUCACAGAGAUCAAAUUUACAUACAGAUCACAAAGAAAUUUUUAUCUUAACUGCAUGUCCAAGGACAUCCAGUAACAUUUUUGUUGUUAUGUAAUGAGGCCAGAAUAUAUAAACUUUACACUUUUUAAUUACAGUACAAAAAACAAACACAAACAAACAUUAAAAAACAAAUUCUGUUCUUUUUUUUUUAGAUGUAUGGCUUAAUGGUGGCCUAUUAUUGCAGUGCCUCAGUACCAACACACAGUCAGGGGGUUGUAAUCUGGUGUUUUGUUUUGUUUUUAACCCCGAAAAAAGCAGACAGUAGUCUGGACAUCAGAAAACUUGAGAAUGUGAAGGAGCUGUCCUAUGGAGAGCUCCUUGAACUGCAUGUCCAAGGAGCUCUCCCAUGAUGGAAGCAACAUGAAACAUAUUCACACUCUCAAUAUCUCAUA